AUGGCCAAACACCAGGAAAGUGAAGCCCCGCCUAACUACGACGACGCAUUGAUCGCAUCAUCUCGCUAUGGUUCGCUUCCGUCGACUAUGAAUGUACAUGGCCAGUGGACAAAAUGGAAAUCUAUGAACCUCUGUGGUGCGAAUUCCAAGGAACGUCUGUGUCUGAUUGAGAUGCAAACUGGCUAUAGCGGCAAACCUCCGCUCGGGAUGAGAACGGGAUUUCUCCUGCGCGAUGGGAUGAGCACCAAGGAUAAACUUCUUGCUGCCGCCGGCGAUGAGUCGCGCGGCCUCCAUGCGUUCAAUCCCGACGGCAUCAUCUUCUUGCCGCCACUUCACCCGGACCCGAAGUCUGACCAUAUGGAUACCGAACUCAUGCGCGCCGAACCUGGCACAAACAACGACAUCGCCUUCCACUUUUGCAUCGAGGUAGGCGAGGAGGAGCGGCGGGAGGAGUUUGCUUGGAGGAAGGUCAAGAAGAGUGACGAUCAAGUCAACAGAAAUGGGUUCAAGUUGGUUCGGCUCUCGUCUAGUCAACAAACAUCCCAGCGGAGCGGCAGUAGCAGCGUCCAAAAACCAUCUUCGUCCGCAUCUCCAUUAGCAGGGAAAGAUGAUGAGACUGUCGCCUUUCUUGGAUGGGUUAUGGCCUGGCCCAGUUUGACACAUGCGUUCACGCUUGAGCUGAUGGACGGUCAGUCGAGCACGUUGGGGGAGCGCUGGACUCUUAUGGUUAUCGUUACUGCAAUCCGGCUCUAUACACUGCACGUAAAGGGGAGAACGAGCAAGUUCGUCGUCGACAUUGGAAAGAAGACUUCGGGAAAAUAA